GGGGCCCCAUAUGUGGAGAGAAGUGGGAGAGGUCGCAGCCCCGCCUUCUCUACACAGGAAAGCUCAGUGGCCCCCAAGCCAGGAUGUCCCAAGCUUGGGUCCCCGGCCUCGUGCCCACCUUGCUGUUCAGCCUGCUGGCUGGCCCCCAAAAGGUUGCAGCCAAAUGUGGUCUCAUCUUCGCCUGCCCCAAAGGAUUCAAAUGCUGUGGUGACAGCUGCUGCCAGGAGAACGAGCUCUUCCCUGGCCCCGUGAGGAUCUUCGUCAUCAUCUUCCUGGUCAUCCUGUCCCUCUUUUGCAUCUGUGGCCUGGCUAAGUGCUUCUGUCGCAACUGCAGAGAGCCGGAGCCAGACACCCCAAUGGAUUGCCGGGGGCCCCUGGAACUGCCCUCCAUCAUCCCCCCAGAGAGGGUCAGAGUAUCCCCCUCUGUGCCCCCACCCCCCUACAGUGAGGUGAUUCUGAAGCCCAGCCUGGGCCCAACUCCCACAGAGCCACCCCCUCCCUACAGCUUCAGGCCUGAAGAAUAUACCAGGGAUCAGAGGGGCAUUGACAACCCGGCCUUCUGAGUCACCUCCUGCCUGGAAUCUUGCCAUCACCAACCUCCACCCCAGUGCCUCCUGGAUCAAGCUAGAGACUGCUGGCACCCCAGGAAUGUCCCUGCCCAUCCUGCCAUGUCUCUGUUCAUUCUUGGAUUUAACUUAUUACUUUUUCUGCCUCUGUUUCCACCCCAGCUGCCUCUCUUGUCCUGAGGGUUAGGCUGGAGUGACAGUAUCUGCCCACCCCCCAACCCAAGAAAGAGGCUGCCGGAAAGAAAAUGCCGACCAUUGGAAGUGCCCAACAGUAGAAUGGGCUACUGUGAGGAGUAGUAAAAGCCCCAUUUCUGGAGGUAUGCAAAUCUUGACUGGACAGCCAGCUCUGAGAUUUUAUCAGAGCACUUCUGUACCUGUGGGACAUUGGACUGGAUGAGCCCUGAGCCAGCUUCCACUCCUACCUGAAUAGAGAACUCACUGUACCCACCCGCAACACAUGAUAAACACAUGUCCUCACUGAAUGUUACUGAUUGCGGCUGAGGGCCUGCCUCUGGCUGUGUGGGGAGGGGGUGGAGAGGUGAGCCCAGGCACUGCUGGGGGGUGUGGUGAUGGAGUCGCUGCGCCCCAAUCCCACCACUGAUGAGCCAUCUGGGAGGUCUGGGAGGACAGUCCAUCCAUGGGCCGCCCUUGGGGAGAGGCUUAUUCUAGAUGCAUUGGCUGUCUGUUUUUUGAUAUCUCUGUGUGCCAAAGAGCCUGGAAAUGGGGUGCACA